AUGGCCUACUCAACUGCCGACAAGAGCGCGUUCGUGCCCGUCGACUGUGGACAGGGCGCCAACCCCAAGCCCACCGAGCUCGAGAUCGACAUCGACGAGGAUCUCUUCGGCAAGAUCCAGGGCGCGGCUGGCGGUGGAAAGUCGGUGGCUGCCCCGGCGCCUGCUGCAGCGGGCGGCAAGAAGAAGAUCGAGUACAAGAAGGCGUCCGGCUACGUGAAGACGGUCGCAAAGAAG